AUGGCAUCUCAAGCCAACGGAAGCGUCCACCAGCGCAAGCCGACUCGUCCGGAUCUGGAUCGCGUCCCUAGUAAUCUCGCAACAGAAUGGCAGGCUUGGAUGGGCAGUGGCCCGAAAGAAGUAGAGGAGACUCUAGGAGGACCUAAACAUGGCCCCUGGCUACAAACUCUUCGUAUCAUCGGCUUCUUCCUCCACUUCAUCACCUCAUGCCUGUUCAUCCACUUCACGCAGCUGCUCGGCAGCCCGCUGUACUUCAUAGACAAAGACUGGUUCUACGCCUGGAUGGCCAUGACGAAGCAGUACUUUGGGCUCUUUGUGACGACGAUGACGCAGUGGUGGAGUCCGACGGUGAUCAGAAUUAGUGGCGACAAGAGCAUGAAGGGCUUGAUCAAGCAGAGUGAGGAUGGGCAGGUGAGGAUGAACUUUGAGGAGCGCGCGGUGUUGAUGGCCAAUCAUCAAAUCUAUACCGACUGGUUGUACCUGUGGUGGGUCAGCUAUACCAAUACGCCGCCCAUGCACGGUCACAUCUAUAUCAUCCUCAAAGAGAGUCUGAAAUGGGCGCCUAUACUCGGGCCAGCCAUGCAGUUCUAUGGCUUCAUCUUCAUGGCCAGGAAAUGGUCGAAGGACCAAGAGCGCAUGCGAUAUCGCAUACAGAAGCUUAGCACACGACACUCGGGUCCCACGUCAGGCACUCAUGGAGGCGCACAGUUAGAUCCAAUGUGGCUCCUCAUCUUUCCCGAAGGCACAAACACCAGCUCUAAUACUCGUGCCGGGAGCACGAAGUACGCCGAGAAGAGCGGCAUAUCAGAUAUGCGACACCAGCUCCUCCCUCGCAGCACCGGCAUGCAAUUCUGCUUACAGGAGCUGAAAGGAACGGUCGAAUACCUCUACGACUGCACAAUAGGCUACGAAGGUAUCCCGCCAGGCCUCUACGGCCAGGACGUCUUCACACUGCGAUCCGUCUACUUUCAAGGACGGCCGCCAAAGAGCGUGAACUUGCACUGGCGAAGAUACAAGAUCUCGGAUCUACCUAUUACGGAUCAUGAUGCGAUGGCGGAGUGGGUCCUGGAUCGAUGGCGGGAAAAGGAUGAUAUGCUGGAGCUGUUCUACAAGACUGGGAAAUUCCCUGGUGAUGUCGAGGCGGUACAUAUUGAAGGUGGACCGCAAGAGAAGGAUUGGAAGACUGCAUAUAUCAACACUGAGGUAAAGGCUCGUAGUCCUUUCGAGUUCUUGCAGAUGUUUGCGCCUGUGGCGGCGGCGGGAUUGGUUGGGUCGGUUUUAGUCCGGGCCAUCGAUAUGGUCACUGGGCACAAGUGA